GUGCGCAGGCGCGGACACGGGCGCAUGCGCGUUCACUCCGGCGCGCAGUGCCGGCCGGGGCGGGGAUACGCCGUGUGCGCGGCCGGGGGCGGAACGGAGGAGGAGGCGGUGGUGGCCCGGCUGCGGGGUAGGAGUCCGCGGCAGCCUCCGGGUAAGCCAAGCGCCGCGCAGUGCUGAGUUCCCGCACGCCGCAGAGCCAUGGAGAUCGGCACCGAGAUCAGCCGCAAGAUCCGGAGUGCCAUUAAGGGGAAAUUACAAGAAUUAGGAGCUUAUGUUGAUGAAGAACUUCCUGAUUACAUUAUGGUGAUGGUGGCCAACAAGAAAAGUCAGGACCAAAUGACAGAGGAUCUGUCCCUGUUUCUAGGGAACAACACAAUUCGAUUCACCGUAUGGCUUCAUGGUGUAUUAGAUAAACUUCGCUCUGUUACAACUGAACCCUCUAGUCUGAAGUCUUCUGAUACCAACAUCUUUGAUAGUAACGUGCCUUCAAACAAGAGCAAUUUCAGUCGGGGAGAUGAGAGGAGGCAUGAAGCUGCAGUGCCACCACUUGCCAUUCCUAGCACGAGACCUGAAAAAAGAGAUUCCAGAGUUUCUACAAGUUCGCAGGAGUCAAAAACCACAAAUGUCAGACAGACUUAUGAUGAUGGAGCUGCAACCCGACUAAUGUCAACAGUGAAACCUUUGAGGGAGCCAGCACCCUCUGAAGAUGUGAUUGAUAUUAAGCCAGAACCAGAUGAUCUCAUUGACGAAGACCUCAACUUUGUGCAGGAGAAUCCCUUAUCUCAGAAAAAACCUACAGUGACACUUACAUAUGGUUCUUCUCGCCCUUCUAUUGAAAUUUAUCGACCACCUGCAAGUAGAAAUGCAGAUAGUGGUGUUCAUUUAAACAGGUUGCAAUUUCAACAGCAGCAGAAUAGUAUUCAUGCUGCCAAGCAGCUUGACAUGCAGAGUAGUUGGGUAUAUGAAACAGGACGUUUGUGUGAACCAGAGGUGCUUAACAGCUUAGAAGAAACGUAUAGUCCGUUCUUUAGAAACAACUCGGAGAAAAUGAGUAUGGAGGAUGAAAACUUUCGGAAGAGAAAGUUGCCUGUGGUAAGUUCAGUUGUUAAAGUAAAAAAAUUCAAUCAUGAUGGAGAAGAGGAGGAAGAAGAUGAUGAUUACGGGUCUCGAACAGGAAGCAUCUCCAGCAGUGUGUCUGUGCCUGCAAAGCCUGAAAGGAGACCUUCUCUUCCACCUUCUAAACAAGCUAACAAGAAUCUGAUUUUGAAGGCUAUAUCUGAAGCUCAAGAAUCCGUAACAAAAACAACUAACUACUCUACAGUCCCACAGAAACAGACACUUCCAGUUGCUCCCAGAACUCGAACUUCUCAAGAAGAAUUGCUAGCAGAAGUGGUCCAGGGACAAAGUAGGACCCCCAGAAUAAGUCCCCCCAUUAAAGAAGAGGAAACAAAAGGAGAUUCUGUAGAAAAAAAUCAAGGAACUCAACAGAGGCAAUUAUUAUCCCGACUGCAGAUCGACCCAGUAAUGGCAGAAACUCUGCAGAUGAGUCAAGAUUACUAUGACAUGGAAUCCAUGGUCCAUGCAGACACAAGAUCAUUUAUUCUGAAGAAGCCAAAGCUGUCUGAGGAAAUAGUAGUGGCACCAAACCAAGAGUCGGGGAUGAAGACUGCAGAUUCCCUUCGGGUACUUUCAGGACACCUUAUGCAGACACGAGAUCUUGUACAACCAGAUAAACCUGCAAGUCCCAAGUUUAUAGUGACGCUGGAUGGUGUCCCCAGCCCCCCAGGAUACAUGUCAGAUCAAGAGGAGGACAUGUGCUUUGAAGGAAUGAAACCCGUAAACCAAACUGCAGCCUCAAACAAGGGACUCAGAGGUCUCCUCCACCCACAGCAGUUGCACUUGCUGAGCAGGCAGCUUGAGGACCCAAAUGGUAGCUUUUCUAACGCUGAGAUGAGUGAACUGAGUGUGGCACAGAAACCAGAAAAACUUUUGGAGCGCUGCAAGUACUGGCCUGCUUGUAAAAACGGGGAUGAGUGUGCCUACCAUCACCCCAUCUCACCCUGCAAAGCCUUCCCCAAUUGUAAAUUUGCUGAAAAAUGUUUGUUUGUUCACCCAAAUUGUAAAUAUGAUGCAAAGUGUACUAAACCAGAUUGUCCCUUCACUCAUGUGAGUAGAAGAAUUCCAGUACUGUCUCCAAAACCAGUUGCACCACCAGCACCACCUUCCAGUAGUCAGCUCUGCCGUUACUUCCCUGCUUGUAAGAAGAUGGAAUGUCCCUUCUAUCAUCCAAAACAUUGUAGGUUUAACACUCAGUGUACAAGACCGGACUGCACAUUCUACCAUCCCACCAUUAAUGUCCCACCACGACAUGCCUUGAAAUGGAUUCGACCUCAAACCAGCGAAUAGCACCCAGCCCUGCCUGGCAGAAGAUCAUGCAGUUUGGAAGUUUUCAUGUACUGAUGAAAGAUACUCUACAGAACUUGUCAAAUCUUUGAAACUUGGAAUAUAUUGCUUUCAUAAUAUGAAGUUUUAUUGCCUAUCUAUCUGAAGUGUCUAAUUUUUCAAGUUUGUAAGUUUAUUACGUGGUUUUAACAUUGGGUGUUUUUGUUUUGUUUUUACUAUGAAAAGACAGCUUAAGGAAGAGCUAAAUUCUGUUAAAAUAUUUGGGGCAUGUUUGUGCACUGCUGUUGUGAGGAUCAGCAUAUGAAAUUGACAUCAUGGUUAGUCAUGGUACUGCAGCUUAGGGGGCUACACGGUUGCUGUGUGAGUGGAGAGAUGCAGUGAGGCAGUUGUCAUUAUUCUAAAAAUUGUACUACUUUCACUUUUCCCAAAGAUUAUAUAAUGUUCAUAAUCCACCAUGAAAACAGCAUUGGCCAAAGGUACUGAGGCUGCUUAAAAUAUUCAAUUCUGCUUUUUAAUUUUUAAAUUAAUUUAGUUUGAAAAGCAUGAUUAUACAGGCCUCUCAGGCUGAGUGCUACUUUGGUAAAGUUCCCAGUUUUCCUGCCUUCUGUGACAGGAUGAAUGAGGUGGGUAUGGACGGUGGAGGCAGCUGGAAUGGCAAGUGCAGAAAAUAGGAACAGUUCUAUACAGUGCUCUCAUUUACUAAUAACAUAAUGCCUUCUAAAUAAUUUUUUUGGGAAACUACAUUAUCACAAAAUUAUACAAAUUUUUUUACAAGUAUUUACAUACUGUAUCUGAAAACAGACUUUAAAGUCACAAGAUUAUAAAUGUACAUAUAUAUUCUCACAUUCUGAAAAAUAACAUUCUCAGAAUCCACAGAAAAUAUACUUAGUUACUGCUGAAGAUAAUUUUUGAAAUGUAAAAAUUAGACUUAAAUAGUAUAUUUUAAAUGACAGAACUAUAAUUACAGAGAUCAGAUAGGUAAACUGCAAGAUAGAUAGGAUGAAACUUUUGGCCUACUGUAUUACUUACAGAGUUUUUUUUGUGUGUGGUUUUUAAAACUGUUAAGGCAAGAAGUGUCAAAUGCUUUAGAGUUAAAUAACAGAUCACUGAUUUCAAAGACUUGGUGUAUAGUGUUAAAAAUUAAAGCUUAAAAGGUGGUUAGAAAAGUGGAUUAAUGCAAAAGGGGUAAUAAAGACUGCAACAUUCUCAGGACCAAAUUAAACUGCUAAAAAAAAAAAAAAGUUCAUUGACUUGCUUAGUCGUAUACCCAAAUGAUGAUAAACCUACAUGUGCAAAGGCUCACGUUUAAGAUUGUCAAGCCAGCAGUCUACUGUUGUGUUGCCAUUGCUUUUCCAUUGGGAGAAGAAAGAAUUAACCAGUCAUUAAACCAUUUGGUAAGUUGCACUUUGCUGUGCUGAUCCCACAGGAAAGGCUUGAAACACGAGAAGCAGCAAAGACAGAGCACACAAGUACAUAAGGCUAUUGUCUUCGGCUUGGGUGAAAUGACAGUUCCUCUUCAUUCUAAAGGUUUACUCCAUUGAAUUUAAGGCAUUUGUUCAUUCCAGUGUUGAGAUGCUUUGCAUCUCUGCAGAAGAAAUUUAUUUUAAAUUGUUUAAAUAUCUGGAAAUACUUUUAGCUAUCAUUGAUAGUUUUGUUCUGUUUCACUAUAAAUUAUAGAACAAAUGGGAAACAAGGGUUUAAUUUAGUUCAGCCAUUUUACAAGGAAAUAAAAUACUAAAAUCUGA